CGGUUAUUUAAUAUUUGAUUAUUUUUGUGUAGUAAGAGAAAUAUUUUUAAAUUGUGUAAGCUAUUUAUUAUGACUAUGAAGAGUGAUCUUAGUGAAGUGUUAGAACUAGAACACAAAAUAACUACGCAUGAAGCUUACGGCAACUCAUACAAAUGGUCUCCUAAAGAUUUUGAGCUAGGAUCUGCUUUGGGACAAGGUAAAUUUGGACAUGUUCAUGUGGCUAGAGAGAAGAAGACUGGCUAUUUAGUUGCUAUCAAAGCUUUGUUCAAAUCUCAAAUAGUAAAAUCCAAAUGUGAACGACAAGUGAUGAGAGAAAUUGAAAUACAAUCACAUUUAAAACAUCCAAACAUUCUACGCUUACUGACAUGGUUCCAUGAUGAAAGGAGGAUAUACCUUGUGGUUGAGUUUGCUGCAGGUGGAGAGCUUUACAAACAUUUGACAAACUCACCCAAGGGUCGGUUUCCAGAAAAUAAAGCAGCCAGAUAUAUUUACCAGGUUGCCGAUGCAGUAGAGUACUGUCACCAACAUCAUGUAAUACAUAGAGAUAUUAAACCAGAAAAUAUCUUAGUAGCUUUCAAUGGUGAUCUCAAAUUGGCAGACUUUGGGUGGUCAGUUCAUGCUCCGUCAGAAAGACGAAAAACCAUGUGUGGAACUCUUGAUUAUCUACCACCAGAGAUGAUCAGACGUGAGGUUUAUGAUGUAUCUGUUGACCAUUGGUGUAUCGGUGUAUUACUCUAUGAGUUUUUAGUAGGUAAACCACCCUUUGAAAGUGAAGGCCAAGACAAAACAUAUGCAAGGAUUCUAACCUUAGAUAUGACAUAUCCAGAACAUGUACCUGAAGGAGCUAAGGACCUUAUUUCAAAGCUUCUCCGACAUACUAGUAAGGAAAGACUGUCACUAGAUGGAGUUAAAAAACACUAUUGGGUACAACAAUUUCAAAAUGUUUAAUUGUUAUUUAUGGAUUAUAUUAUUGGGAUUUUUUAAUAUUACACACCAACUGAUA